AUGCAGUUUAAAAAACCUUUGGGAGGUAGAAAAGAACCUCAACUGGAACAGUAUGCAUUAAAAAACGAGGAAGAUUUGUCCGCUCGUUCAAGUUUUGCCAAUUCAAUUAACGACAGUGUUAAUUCUGGAGAUGGGGACCCAAUACAAUUACAUGAUCCACAUCAACUUGAACAUCCAGCGCCAAUACCAAACGAAAAUUCACUAGUUAGAACAAAAUCGACAAAUGAUGAGCCGGAUGUCACAACGGCUCCAUACUCUCGAUUUGGCCCUAGAGAAAAAAUGAUCCUUGUAGUGCAAUGUGCAUUUACUGGUUUCUUUUCAUCUAUUGCUAGUUCAAUCUAUUAUCCUGUCUUAACAGUCAUUGAAAAAUUAUUUGACAUUAGUGAAGAAUCUGUUAACAUUACAGUUGUUGUUUAUUUUAUAUUUCAAGGCCUUUCACCAAGUAUAAUGGGUGGGUUAGCUGACUCGCUGGGGAGACGUCCAGUGGUUUUAUUUUCCGUAGCAGUGUACUUCUGUGCCUGUGUGGGAUUAGCUUGUGCUCAAACAUAUCCACAAAUUAUUGUUUUAAGAUGUUUGCAAGCAGCUGGUAUAUCACCUGUGAUCGCUAUCAAUAGUGGUAUUAUGGGUGAUGUUACAACAAGGGCAGAGAGAGGUGGUUAUGUGGGUUAUGUCUCCGGGUUUCAAGUUCUUGGUAAUUCCUUUGGUGCUUUAAUUGGUGCUGGUAUUUCUAGUACAUGGAGUUGGAGAGCAAUUUUUUGGUUUUUAGCCAUUGGUUCUGGGAUUUGUUUACUAGCAUCAUUUAUUGUCUUACCAGAGACGAAGAGAACGAUUGCUGGUAAUGGGUCAAUUAUUCCAAAAUCCAGAUUUAAUAGAUCACCAAGUUUGCUUUUCCCACCUUUGAGGAAAAGAUUACAUUUAGAUAAUCCUGAUUUGGAGACUUUAGAACCCAAAGUGAAAAUAAGUUUCCUAGCGCCACUUGGUAUCUUAAAGAUACCUGAAGUGGAUAUUGUAUUACUUGUUGCUGGCUUACAAUAUGCUCAAAUGACUACUCAUCAAACGGCAUUAUCAACCGUAUUGAGUAAAAAAUACCAUUUAACAGUGGCCAAAAUUGGGCUAUGUUAUUUACCUACUGGUAUUUGUACUUUAAUUAGUGUCGUCACAUCGGGUAGGUAUCUAAAUUGGAGUUAUAGACGCAAAAUAAUUAAGCAUAGACAAUGGAAAAAGGAGCAGGAAACCAUAUUGUUAGAAGAAUAUAAUAAUGAUAUGGAACAAGUCAAGGAAAUCAUGGAUAAUGAUCCCAAGUAUGUUUUCAAUAUUUUCAAAGCUAGAAUUCAACCUGCCUUUGGUACUUUAAUUUUAAGUGGUCUGGGAUUUUGUGCAUACGGUUGGUGUAUCAGUGUUAAGGCUCCCUUAGCGGCCGUUCUUGUUACAAGUGGGUUUGGGUCAUUAUUUUCCAAUUGUAUAUUGACAAUGUCAACAACUUUAGCUGUAGAUUUGUUCCCAUCAAAAGCAGCCACUGCUACUAGUUGUCUGAAUUUAUUCAGAUGCUCCUUAGCAGCUAUCUUUAUUGCUUGUUUGAGUAAGAUGGUGGAUAGGAUGACCUAUGGUGGUGUUUUCACAUUUUUAGCAGCUUUAACUACCUCUUCGUCUCUUUUACUGCUAAUACCAGUAAGUAGAGGUAAAGAGUUGGCUUUGAAGAGAAGACAACAGGAAAAUUCUUUGUUACAGAAAAAACCCACUCCAGAAAAGCAUUUCAGUGUUUAA